UUCGCGCGUUUGGGGCGGAAGCGAUUCUCACAAAGGAAUUUGAUAAUUAUCAGGAUAUUCAUUCGUCCGCAUGACAACUACAGUCAAGGUUCAAUGGAUGGAGGAUUUGUAGGCCUGGCGAUCACGCAGAGUAUCGGUCUCACCGGUAUGUUCCAGUGGGGCAUGCGUCAGAGCGCAGAAUUGGAGAACCAAAUGACUUCGGUGGAGCGCAUCCUUGAAUACAACAAAGUGGACAGCGAGCCUCCUCUCGAAAGUGCUCCUGGUAAAAAGCCCAAGUCCGAAUGGCCGCAGGAAGGCAAGAUCGAGUUCAAGAACGUAUUUUUGCGCUACGCGCCGUUGGAGCCGCCGGUACUUAAUAAUAAGAAUCUUAACUUCGUUAUCUAAUAAUAAAUUGUAAAUAUUCUGAUAAAUACGUGUAAAGAGUGUAAAGGAAAGAACGAAUCACAUUAACAGCGAACCCAUAAUUCGUA